UGCACCAAACAAAUUUCCCAGAAACACUAACAAAAGGAGAAGUAUAGAAAUAUGAGGUUGAUAUGACUUGUGAGCGGUGAGAGACAGUAACAGCAUCCCAGGAUGUCGAAGGUGGUAUGUGUGACUGGCGGGAGUGGAUGCAUUGGGUCAUGGGUGGUUCAUCUCCUUCUAGAUCGCGGCUACACCGUCCACGCCACCGUCCAAAAUCUCAACGAUGACACCGAAACGAAGCAUCUAGAAGCCCUCGAAGGAGCACCCACGCGCCUCCGUCUCUUCCAGAUCGAUCUCCUCGACCACGACUCCAUCAUCGCCGCAGUCCGUGGCUGCGCCGGCGUUUUCCACCUCGCCUCCCCAUGCAUCGUCGACCAAGUCCAUGACCCUCAGAAGGAGCUUCUGGAUCCCGCGAUUAAGGGCACCAUGAAUGUCCUUGCGGCGGCCAAGGAAGCAGGUGUGCAGCGCGUGGUUCUCACUUCCUCCAUCUCCGCGAUUAUCCCUAGCCCCUCUUGGCCUUCUGAUGUUGUCAAGACAGAGGAUUGCUGGACUGACAUUGAAUACUGCAAGCAAAAAGGGUUGUGGUAUCCAAUGUCCAAGACUUUAGCUGAGAAAGCUGCUUGGGAUUUUGCCAAGGAGAAUGGUUUGGAUGUUGUGGUGGUGAAUCCUGGUACUGUCAUGGGCCCUGUUAUUCCACCAAGACUUAAUGCUAGUAUGCUCAUGCUUCUGCGCCUUCUUCAAGGUGAAUUAUAUAUAGGCUGCGCUGAUACAUACGAGAACUUUUUCAUGGGAUCGGUCCACUUUAAAGAUGUAGCAUUGGCGCAUAUUUUGGUGUAUGAGAACAAAGCAGCAGCUGGCAGGCAUAUGUGCGUUGAAGCUAUCUCUCACUAUGGCGACUUUGUCGCAAAAGUUGCUGAACUUUAUCCAGAAUAUAAUGUGCCUAGGAUACCACGGGAUACCCAACCAGGAUUGUUGAGAGCAAAGGAUGGGUCGAAGAAACUUAUGGAUUUGGGUUUGCAGUUCAUUCCAAUGGAGAAAAUUAUUAAGGAUGCUGUAGAGAGUUUGAAGAACAAAGGGUUCAUUUCUUGAAUGAUGCUGCUGCUGCUAUUUGGAACCCCAGUUAUGCCACUCAGUAUAGACUAUAGUUAGGUGACGGGCUGCAAUAUGAGUCCUUAUGGCAUAUGAGUUGAGUCUGUAUAAUCUGUUUCCUCAAUGCUUAUGCAAAGUGACCCUGACUUGAAUAUUGUCAUUUCUUUUUCUUUUUUUUUCCUUUGAAUAAAACUAAAAUAAAUAUGGAGAGUUGAGUCUCAA